AUGAAGAACUCUCCCAUAAGCAGUAAACAGCUGUUAACAAUGCUGCAGAUGCAGCAUUGUCGCCCAGUCCUGCCGAUUCGCCAUCUAUCCAAUAGAAGGCGCCAACCUAUGGAAGCUGGACAGGCUCUGCAUGAGACCAGGCCGCAUUUAUUGAAACCUGGGGAGCUCACACCGGGUAUAACCGCACUGGAAUAUCAUGAGCGAAGAAUGAAAUUGGCAAAAGACCUUUCCCCCAAGAGUUGUGCAAUAAUCACCAGUAAUCAGGUCAAAUAUGCUUCGGGAGCGGUCUUCUACCCAUUUCAACAAAGUACCAACUUCUUUUAUUUGACCGGUUGGAAUGAGCCCGAUUCAGUCAUGGUCUUAGAAAAACCGACAAAUAAUUUGAACGAUGUUGUCUUUCAUAUGAUUGUUCCACCUAAGGACUCCUUUACUGAGCAAUGGGAAGGAUUUAGGACUGGUGUGAAUGGCGUGAAGGAGAUUUUCAAUGCAGAUGAAGCUGCUGAAUCAACCAUACUGCCUGCUUAUCUAGCAAAAAUCAUUAAUCGAAAUGAUAAUCUUUACUUUGAUUUACCGAAGGAUAAAACUAAUGUCAGCAGCUCAGCACUAUUCAGUACCUUCUUUACGACGCAAAAUAAUUUCAAUGGGCAUCAAACGAUUCAUGAUGUUAUCAAACAAGCGAGCGGUCAUAAAAGAAUUUUGGGACUCCACAAAUCGGUUGCGGAGCUACGAAAGAUCAAGUCGUCAGCCGAAUUGAGAUUGAUGAGGAGAGCUGGACAGAUCUCGGGUAGAGCAUUUAAUCAGGCAUUCGCAAGGAAAUUUCGAAAUGAAAGGACUUUACAGGCGUUUCUUGAAUAUAAGUUUAUCUCUGGCGGCUGUGACAAGUCAGCGUAUCUACCUGUCGUCGCAACUGGGUCAAAUGCUCUGUGUAUCCACUACACCAGGAAUGAUGACGUUGUUUAUGAUGAUGAGAUGAUUCUCGUAGACGCUGCUGGUUCGCUUGGUGGUUACUGCUCCGAUAUUUCGAGAACGUGGCCUGCCAAUGGCGAAUUCUCACAGGCUCAACGGGAUCUUUACGAAGCAGUUCUAAACGUACAGAGGAGCUGUAUCGAACUAUGCAAAGCUUCGAACGGCUACUCCAUACAUGAUAUUCACGAAAAAAGUAUCGAUUAUAUGAAAAUGGAGCUCAGAAAUGUUGGAUUCAGCGGCAUACAAAAGUGGGAUGUUAGCAAGCUCUACCCGCACUAUAUUGGGCAUCAUCUCGGUUUGGAUGUACAUGACGUUCCUAGUAUCUCGCGGAACGCACCGUUGGGUGAAGGUGAGGUAAUCACAAUUGAGCCAGGAGUGUAUGUUCCAGAUGAGCACAAUUACCCACCACAUUUUAGGAACAUUGGUAUAAGGAUUGAAGACGACAUCGCGAUAGGCGCAGAUACUUACACCAAUCUCACUGUCGAAGCUGUAAAGGAAAUAGCAGAUCUUGAGAAUAUCAUGCAGAAUGGAGUAUCGACCGAAAUACCCGCCGAUGUUAUCAGUCCCCUAGAUUAUUGA